AUGGAAGGGCAGAACCGGGUCGCGGUCGCAUUUGUGUAGCGCACUCACAAUUUCUGGCUGCUCGCGAUGGCCGCUCAAGCCAUGCACGCGACGCAGAUGCGAGCUGCCGUUGUGCCGUCUUUGAGCAAUGUGCAGUGCCCGACGAGAACCUCCAGUGCUGCCUGUCUUUUGAGGUCCUCAGGAAGCUUGCGCGUGGAGAAUGCCGGGCAUCAGCUGAGGAUUAGUUCUAAGCAGAGCAGCAAGCAGGGGAAGGCGGCGGCGGCUCGGGGUUGCAGAGCGGCGGUGUCGGACUUCGCUGCGGUGCAGCAGCAGGAAGCCAAGCAGGUAGCAUCGCAGAUUUCUGCCUUUUCUGUCCGAGAGGAUGGCUACAUGUACUGCGAGGACGUGCGGGUGCAGGACAUCAUGGACAACGAGGUCGAGGAGGUGCGGCCGUUCUAUUUGUACAGCAAGAGGCAGCUGCGGAGGAACUACGAGGCUUACCAGGAGGCGUUGAAGGGAUUGAACUCCAUUAUUGGAUACGCCGUGAAAGCCAACAACAAUUUGAAAAUCAUGCGGUGCUUGCGGGAGCUCGGAAGCGGUGCUGUGCUCGUGAGUGGCACCGAGUUGCGUCUUGCGGUGGAGCAUACCGGCUUCGAUCCCGCCAGGUGUGUUUUCAAUGGGAAUGGGAAGCUCUUGGAGGAGUUGGAACUCGCGGCUCAGUAUGGUGUGCUUAUCAACGUGGAUAGUGAAUUCGACCUGGCACAAAUUAUCGAGGCCAGUAGGAACACUGGAAAAAGAAUUAAGGUGUUGCUGCGCAUCAAUCCUGACGUUGAUCCCCAGGUGCAUCCGUACGUUGCAACCGGUAACAAGAAUUCGAAAUUUGGAAUUCGCAAUGAGAAGUUGGGGUGGUUUCUGGAGGAAGUGAAGAAGCACUCUGAGAAUCUUGAGUUAGUGGGAGUGCAUUGUCAUCUUGGGUCAACCAUUACGAAGGUUGAUGUGUUUCGAGAUGCAGCAGUUGUGAUGGUUGAUUUUGUGAAAAAAAUUCGUGGCGAGAACUUCACAAUUAAGUACUUGAAUAUUGGAGGUGGCCUUGGCAUUGACUACUACCACAAAGGCGCCAUCCUACCCACUCCGACGGAUCUCAUUGACACAGUUCGUGACCUGGUGACAAAAGAAGGUUUAACGCUUAUCAUUGAGCCUGGGAGGUCUCUAGUUGCCAACACCUCGGCGUUCGUGAGCCAUGUGACUGGUGUGAAGACGAAUGGAACGAAGGACUUUAUUGUCAUUGAUGGAAGCAUGUCAGAGCUGAUCAGGCCUAGUCUGUACGGUGCCUAUCAACAUAUAGAAUUUGUCGCUCCCCCCGCUGAGGGCGCAGAAGUGAAGACUUUUGAUGUCGUCGGGCCUGUUUGUGAAUCUGCGGACUUCUUGGGCAAGGAGCGUGAAUUACCUACACCGAAACGUGGAGAUGGGAUCGUCGUGCAUGAUGCAGGUGCAUACUGUAUGGCAAUGGCUUCAACAUAUAACUUGAGGAUGAGACCUCCUGAAUACUGGGUGGCAGACGAUGGUAAGACUGUAGAGAAGAUUAGGCACGCUGAGCAAUUGGAUGACCACAUCCGCUAUUUUGAAGGCCUGUGAGUGGAUUGCAUGCUUGGCGCAGUUCAAGCCAGGCAGUUCAGAAUAUUUGUUUCACCUCCUAUCCUUAAUCUCAAAUGAUGAGGCACACCUCUUACAAUUUGUGCAGCCUAAGUUUCUUCA